AUGGUACUCACUCUGUAUUUUAUUCUGUUUCUAGCUUUACAUCUCUUGCCUGGAGUGAAAAACUCAAUGGUACAUUUCAAUAACAAUGGAUAUGACGGCAUUGUCAUUGCAAUUAACCCUAGGGUACCAGAAGAUGAAAAACUCAUUCAAAACAUAAAGGAAAUGGUAACUGAAGCUUCGACUUACCUGUUUCAUGCCACCCAACGAAGAGUUUAUUUCAGGAAUGUAAGCAUUUUAAUUCCAAUGACCUGGAAGUCAAAAUCUGAGUACUUAAUGCCAAAACAAGAAUCAUAUGACCAGGCAGAUGUCAUAGUUGCCAAUCCUUACCUAAAAUUUGGAGAUGAUCCCUAUACACUUCAAUAUGGACAAUGUGGGGAAAAGGGACAAUAUAUACAUUUUACUCCAAACUUCUUAUUGACUAAUAAUUUGCCCAUCUAUGGGUCCCGAGGCAGAGUGUUUGUCCAUGAGUGGGCCCACCUCCGAUGGGGAAUAUUUGAUGAGUAUAAUGUGGACCGGCCAUUCUAUAUUUCCAGACGGAACACUAUUGAAGCAACAAGAUGUUCAACUCAUAUUACUGGCAUUAAUGUGGUUUUCAAGGAAUGUCAGGGAGGCAGCUGUAUAACAAGGCCAUGCAGGCGUGACUCACAGACAGGACUGUAUGAAGCAAAAUGUACAUUUAUCCCAGAAAAAUCCCAGGCUGCAAAGGACUCCAUAAUGUUUAUGCAAAGUCUCAAUUCCGUAAAGGAAUUUUGUACAGCAAAAACUCACAAUACAGAAGCUCCAAACCUACAAAACAAAAUGUGUAGUAGCAGAAGUACAUGGACCAUUAUGGACUCCAAUGAUUUUCAGAAUGCAUCUCCCAUGGAAGGAACAGAUCAACCACCCGAUCCUACAUUUUCAUUGUUAAAGGCCAAACAGCGAGUUGUCUGUUUGGUACUUGAUAAGUCUGGAAGCAUGAGUUCGGAAGACCGUCUCUUUCGAAUGAAUCAAGCAGCAGAACUAUACUUGAUUCAAAUUAUUGAAAAGGGAUCUUUGGUUGGGAUGGUCACAUUUGAAAGUUUUGCUACAACCCAAAACUACCUAACAGAAAUAACUGGUGAUAAUGCUUAUGAAAAGAUCACUGCAAACCUGCCUCAAGAAGCUGGUGGUGGAACUUCAAUUUGCAGUGGUCUCAGAGCAGAAUUCCAGGCAAUUAUCCACAGCAACCAGAGUACUUCUGGUUCUGAAAUCAUAUUACUAACAGAUGGAGAAGAUGAUGAAAUAAGCUCAUGCUUUGAGGAGGUAAAGGAAAGUGGUGCAGUCAUCCACACCAUUGCUCUGGGACCCUCUGCUGCCAAAGAACUAGAGACCCUGUCAAAUAUGACAGGAGGACAUCGUUUUUAUGCCAAUAAAGACAUAAAUGGCCUUACCGAUGCUUUCAGUAGAAUUUCAUCUAGAAGUGGCAGCAUCACUCAGCAGGCUAUUCAGUUAGAAAGUAAAGCCUUAAGUAUUACAGGAAAGAAAUGGAUAAAUGGUACAGUACCUGUGGAUAGUACAAUUGGAAAUGACACUUUCUUUGUUGUCACAUGGACAAUACAAAAGCCAGAAAUUCUUCUCCAAGAUCCAAAAGGAACAAAAUAUGAAACUUCAGAUUUCAAAGUAGAUAAACUAAAUGUUCGGUCUGCCCGUCUUCAAAUACCAGGUAUUGCAGAGACCGGUACUUGGACUUACAGCCUUCUAAAUAAACAUGCCAACUCUCAAAUGCUAACGGUUACAAUGACUACUCGAGCAAGAAGUCCCACCACGCUGCCAGUAAUUGCAACUGCUCACAUGAGCCAAAGUACAACACAUUAUCCUAGCCCUAUGAUUGUUUAUGCACAAGUCAGUCAAGGGUUUUUGCCUGUUCUGGGAAUCAACGUAACAGCCACUAUAGAAACUGAAGAUGGACACCGAGUAAUACUGGAGCUCUGGGACAAUGGUGCUGGUGCUGAUACUCUGAAGAAUGAUGGUGUCUAUUCAAGAUAUUUUACAGAAUACCAUGGAAAUGGUAGAUACAGUUUAAGAGUACAUGCCCAGGCGAGAAACAAUAUGGCCAGACUAAGUUUAAAACAACAGAACAAAGCUCUGUAUAUGCCAGGCUAUGUUGAAAAUGGUAAAAUUAUACUGAACCCACCCAGGCCUGAAGUCAAAGAUGACAUAUCAGAAGCUAAAGUAGAAGAUUUCAGCAGACUAACCUCUGGAGGAUCAUUUACUGUAUCAGGAGCUCCUCCUGCUGGUAGUCAUACUCAUGUGUUCCCACCUGGCAAAAUCACAGACCUUGAAGCUAAGGUUAAAGAAGAUCACAUUCAACUUUCAUGGACGGCCCCUGGCAAUGUCCUUGAUAAAGGAAAAGCCAAGAGCUACAUUAUAAGAAUAAGUAUGUGUUUCCUGGAUCUCCAAGAAGAUUUUGACAAUGCUGCUUUAGUAAACACUACUAGCCUGAUACCUAAGGAGGCUGGCUCAAUAGAAAAUUUUGAAUUUAAACCAGAACAUUUUAAAAUAGAAAAUGGCACCAAAUUCUACAUUGCAAUUCAAGCCAUCAAUGAAGCUAACCUAACCUCAGAGGUUUCUAACAUUGCACAAGCAACCAAGUUUAUUCCUCCGCAGGAAUCCAGUGCCCCUGCUCUGGGUACCAAGAUUUUUGCAACCAGUUUGGCAAUCUGGGGAUUAGCUACGAUUUUAUCUACAUUUUAA